AUGGGUGAUGGGGAUUACAAAAACAAUAAAUCUAUGGAGGAGAUGAUCGAGUUAAAGAUCCAGGAGAGGGCACUCAAGAAGGCCGAGCUGUUCCAAAGUCCAAAGAAAAAAUACAAAACAGGAGCAGAGCAAACAUGGACCUCUACAAAAAUUAGAGUUAACAGAAGAGUGAAAGUUUUAAUACUCAAUAAGUGUACCCAGGCAACUGAUCGAAGCCGUUUUAAAUUCUUGCUUCAAAAGAUUGGAGGUACAGAUGGUACUGACCACAUGAAGAAAGCAAUGUUAAGAACUAUGACAAACUCGUACAUGGCUGGUCUAAACAUGAAGGGAAAACGGGGAAAGAAAGCUUUUGGUUCCUCCCAACUCUACCUCCUUAUAAAAGAAACUGUAUUGACAUCUCAUACACAGUAUACAGAAUCAAAAUUCAAUGAAGAUUUGGCUAAAUUCCUAAAAUAUGCCCCGGAGCGUGUGGGAGGAGGUGGAAGAAGGAGAAGAGAUUGACUUUUUUUCACGUUCACUUGACCAGAACUAAUGAUUUUACUCUUUUUCAUCUUCUUAAACUAAUGUUUUUGUGAAAAGCUGGCUACAGAUGUGAGCUAGGUUAUCCAUCAGUGAUUUUAAGUGAUACUUUCAAUUUAUUUAACUGUUUCUCUCUUGAAUAAAUUGAUUAAUAAUAU